AUGUCGGUGUCAGUAGUUGCAUCGCUGAGGCCCCUCCGCCGGAGAUGCUGGCAGCACCCAGCUUCCGGCCUGUUGUCCGUCCAAUUACGUUCACGAACAGCCACGGUCAACUUCUGGGCCAUUGUUGGCCUCCGGUCGGACCAGUGUCGAUUCCAAACAAGCAAUUCGUCAAAUAAUCGCCAUGAUGGAGAUCUUGAAGCCAGGAAGAACCAGUUACCCAAGAAAAGUCAACCGACACUACCACAGAUCACAUUUCGCCAAUUCGCUGGUCGUGCUCUUGCUGCUGGCCUACGUAGUCUUGUAGUCGCCAUGAGUCCUACCGGUAUUAAGACAGCGUUCCGACAGAGCCCGGGUGCAACAACACUAGGAAUCUUCAUAGCAUACCCUCGGCCAUUUCCUUGUGGUAACGAUAUUAGCCUCGGUGUGGUGUCGGUCAUUGGCGCAUACACCGUCUACCUUUACUUCAACUACUUCUAUCACUACCAAUUUACACGAUAUCCAAAGCCCAUCGCAAACUCUCUACGACGAGCUCUAUACUAUACCAACAUCAGUCCCGAUUCCGAACUCGCUCUCAAGUACUAUAAGCGCGCCAUGGAUCAAUGCGCAGAGCAUGGCCUAGAUCCCUACUCUGACGAAGUUCUUGGUAUUCGUAUCCAGACUUCACACUGGCUGCAGAAGAUCGGAAACUACAACGGCUGCUUGCAGGUUCUUGAGGGCAUCCUUUCCGACUGUAACAGGUGGAUUCGGGUUAUGGAGCACUCGGUCAAGGAAGGCAAAGUCAACGAUGAGGGCAGACUUGUCAAGCCUGCAUCCGAGACGUCCAAGGCCUCUUCGACCCAUGACGUGAACAAUGCCGCUUCUCCCAAUGAGCAAGAAGCUACUGACGAGGACUUCGUACCCGAAAGCUUAUGGCAUAAGAGGCAACGUCUUCUUACUAAGACUGUUGGGAUUGCUAUCAAACUUGGAGAGCUUUACGCAGACGAACACGUUCUUGACCCUGACAGCUCUCAGAAGCACCUCAUUUGGGCUGUUGAAACCGCUUUAAAAGAAUUUCGUCGCCGCAAAGAGGAGGGUAUCAAGCCUGGAGAGGGUGACUGGCUAAGCCCAGAACAAAUGGGUGGCGCUAUGGAAUCUUUGGGUCGUGACUACGAGCGCAAGAACCAGUUCCACCUCGCGAUCCCUCUCUUCUUCCAAGCUCUUCGUCUUUGUGAGGCGCCCUGCCACCGUCCCAUCAUUAUGAACAACCUCGCUGCCAGCUUCGCCCAACACCCCAUAUUUGUUCCACCUACCAGCGAGCCCUCCGAGAUGAUUAAGGAGCUGCAUGACCCUGCCAUGCCCGCGACUCGGAAGGAGUGCCUAGAAGCUGCGCAGAACUGGGCCAAAAACGCUUAUAAGCAUGCAAAGGAUGUUAGUGGCGAUGAGCGUACAGAGGAAUGUGACGAGGCUUGCGCUGUUGCUUUGUGUAAUUGGGGCGAUGUCGCAGCCAUGUUGGGCAACAAUGACUUGGCUCGCAAGAAGUACAAGCAGUGUAUCGAAAUGGCGGGCAAGCUUGGUUUUCCACAUGCAGUGAAACAGGCUCAGUCAGGGCUUGCUAAGCUGAACUGA